AUGGACUACCUCGAAAGGCUGAUGGGUGGCUCUGCGGAUCGGCAAGCGAAGGGCCACAUGCCCUUCACAGAUCGCAUGGAGUACCUGGAGCAAUUCAUGGGCGACUCCUUGGGCAAGCACGAAAAGGAGCUGGCGGCCACGGCGGCCAAGGUCGGAGACCAUGCCGACAAGCAUGGAAAGGCCUUGGCAGAGAUGCAGGCAAAGAUCACGAACGACACCAAGUCCAGCCACGCGUCGCUUGCGGAGCGACUGCAAUACGUCGAGCAGCUGCUCGGCGACUCUGUGAGCAAACAUGCUCAGGAGCUUGAGAGCGCGAAGGCCAAGUUGGAAGAAAUGCACGUGCGAGUCUCCGGCUGCGAGGCCCACGGCGACUCUCUGAAGAUGGACCACAACGGCAGCAAGGCCCGGCUCGAGGAGCACCAUGCGACGCUGCAGCAGCGGUUGGACUUCUUGGAGAAGGCCAUGGGUGACUCCUUCGAGAAGCACGAUAAGGCCCACGGUGCCUCGCUCGAGACGCUGAAGAAGGCCCACAGCAAUCUACAAAGUGAGAAGCAAGCGCUGGAGCAGAACCACGCCAGCCUGGUUGAUCGUGUGGAGAAGGUCCACAAUGCGCUCACCAGUCAGAAGGCGCAGCAGGAUGUCACCCAUGCAUCUUUGAGGGAGCGCGUGGAGUUCCUGGAGUCCACUAUGGGCGACAAUGCCGACAAACACAGCAAGGCACUGGCAGAUCUCCAUUCGAAGAUCGCCAGCGAUGCUAAGUCGAACCACGCUUCGGUCUCCGAGCGGCUCGCCUAUGUGGAGCAGAUGCUCGGCGACUCAGCAAGCAAGCACGCCAAGGAGCUGGCAGAUGCACGGGCCAAGCUGGACGACAUGCAUGCGCGAGUUUCCGGGUGCGAGGCGCACGGAGAGCACAUCGAUGCUCUCAAGAAGUCUCACAGCACCAUUCACAGCACCGUCACCGCCAGCAAGGCGAAGCUCGAUGAAAAGCUCGAGGAGCACCACGCAUCGCUCAGUCAGCGCAUGGACUUCUUGGAGAAGGCCAUGGGUGAUUCCUUCGACAAGCACGCAAAGGAGCUGGCAGCCACCGCAGCGAAGGUGGAGCUGAGGCAUAGCCGGGUCUCGGACGAGCGCAUCGCGCGAGAGGCUCAUGCGGCUUCGUUGGAGACCCUGAAGAAGGCCCACGGCAGCCUUUUAGGUGAGAAGCAGAUGCUUGACAAGAGCCACCAAGCUUUGGCGGAGGGCCUUGACAAGGUGCAGGGCACGCUCAGCAGCAAGAAGGCUCAGCAGGAUGUCACGCAUGCGUCUCUGAGGGAGCGCGUGGAGUUCCUAGAGUCUUCGCUUGGGGACAAUGCUGACAAGCAUGGCAAGGCGCUUGCCGAGCUCAAAGCUUCGCACGCCAAGAUCCUCAGUGGGAAGGAGUCGAUCCACGCAUCGUUGUCUGAGCGACUGCAGUACAUCGAGCAAACGCUUGGCGAUUCCUUGGCCAAGCAUGCCCAGGAGCUGGCGGAUGCCCGGGCGAAGUUGGGCGACAUGCAUGCGCGAGUGUCGCAGUGCGAGGUCCACGGAGAGCACAUCGACUCGCUAAAGAAGUCGAAUGCCACCAUGGCCGGCAACAAGGCCAAGCUGGAAGAGAAGCUCGAGGAGCAUCACGCCACGCUCAACGAGCGAGUGAAUGCCCUCGAGAAGGAGCUAGCUUCGACCGGGGCCAAGGUGGAUGCUGCGCACAGCCGGGUUUCCGACGAGCGCACCGCGCGAGAGGCUCAUGCCGCCUCUUUGGACACGCUGCACAAGGCUCAUAACAGUCUGCAAAGCCAAAAAGCGCAGCAGGAUGCCGUCCACGCAUCGCUGAGGGAGCGUGUGGAGUUCCUUGAAUCUUCCAUCGGAGACAAUGCGGACAAGCACGGCAAGGCGUUGGCCGAGCUUCGAGCGUCGCACGCAAAGCUUGUCACCGAUUCCAAGAGCAAGGAGACAGCCCACUCGUCGCUGACCGAGCGACUCCAGUACAUCGAGCAGUUGCUGGGCGACUCUGCUUCCAAGCACGCUCAGGAGCUGGCAGAUGCCAGGGCAAAGCUGGACGACAUGCACGCUCGCGUUUCCAGGUGUGAGGUGCAGGGAGAGCACAUCGACUCGCUGAAGAAGGCCCAGAACACCAUGGCCGGCGGCAAGGCUGCCCUGGAAGAACAUCACGCCUCCCUAGCCGAGCGAGUCGGCUACCUGGAGAAGGCGCUGGGCGACUCUGCCGACCGACACAGCGCGGAGUUGGCCACCACCAGAAGCAAGGUGGAAUCGCUGCACAGCCGGCUGGGAGUGGAGCAGCAGGAGCAAAGCCAGAAUCGUGCCAAACACUACUCGCUGGAGGAGAGGCUGAAUUUCUUGGAGACUUACCUGGGUGAGUCCAAGGAGAAGCACGGCUCCAGCGCGGACAGUCGGCUCGAAGGGAAGCUGGAGGACCUACGAACCCAGAUACAUUCGGAGCGCAGCACGCGCACGCGCCAGGGCGAAGCCAUCAGCGAGCACUUGGAGAGCGAAAAGCGGGCCAGGGAGGCGCUCGAGGAGGCCGUCGCCCACCACAUGGCCAACCAUAGGCAGACGAUGGAGUCCCACGAGAAGCGUGUGCAAGAGCAGUUUGGUCACGAGCGGAUGGCCCGUGAGCGCCAUGUGGACCACGUAGAGGCGCUGGUGAAGCAGGAGAAGGACGCGAGGGGCCAGCACCACGAGAUCCACACGGACCUGAUCAGCAAAGAGAGGGCUGCCAGACAGCAGAUAGAGGAGCUCCUCCAGAAGGAGACCCACGAGCGCAGCCGGCACCAUGAGACCAUCGGCGAACGGGUGGAUUCGUUGCAGCGGACGGUGGCAGUAGGCAUCUUCGACACUUUGAUGCGCAAGGAGAUCGAAGAGAGGGGACUGGAGAUGCAGCGUGUCUGGGACGCCAUCGACGGCCACACUCAUGACCUCUCAUCGAAGAUGAAGGAAGGAAGCGACGUGGAAGAGAUUGGCGAGGUCGACGGCACGGAGAUCCGCUUCAGGCCGAAUCGCUCCCGCUCCGGUCCCUCCCUGCCCGGCCUGGUCAGCAGCCCCUCCGUGCGGUCGGUGCAAUCCGGAACGAGCACGCCUGUCAUGGUCUACAAAGGGUAUCCCCAGGUGAGGCAAGGCUCUCCGAUACCCCAAGUCCUCCCGACGGCUGCGCAUGAGCGGAUCACUGUGUCGACACGGACCUAUCCCGCAGUGGCCGCGCCAGUGACAACGACGCAAACCUAUUGCGUUGCGAGCCCUCCGAUUGUGGCUCCGAUAACGGCGGCUGUUCCCAUGGUCUCGGGAGGCAUCGUUCCGACGGGCAGCCGAAGCAACUCGCCCUCGCGGCGCAUGGGGGAUCAUGCAGAAGUGAGCUGCGGAAAGGCGCACUAUCACGGUGAGCGUUCGCACAACGCCACUGUCUACCCUUGA